UCAGGCUUAAAAGUAGAUAGGCUGUGGAUUCGUACAAAUUUAUAACCUUUCUUAAAGUUUUGACGUUAUCGUAUAUUGUUUAUAUUGCAAAUUUGAAUGUUUCCUAUAUUCUUCAUGAUAUUUCGUAAUAUUGAAUAGUGCGCUUUAUAAUGUUUGCAUUAACGGGAGAAGUAAACUUUUGGACCUUUGAUGACAAUGUAAACAUACAAGUCACGGAUUUCGGUGCAUUUAAAUAUCACGACAAACGUAUCGAUAGCAUAUAUGAAGAGGGCAAAAGAUCUUACUGUCAAGAACGUGGUAUGGUUUAUGUCCCGGAGAACAAAAAGGGAAACAAAUUAAAACAUUCCAUUAAGUACUUGGAGGAUCAGCUGAGAGAUAAUUCUGUAAUUUAUUGUCAAUGGCAUGACGAUUCUAUUGUACAAUUAAUGCUCAGCAAUGGCUUAUUGGUACAAAUACAAGUUUGUCUCGCCAGUGGUGACGUGCGAGAAAUUAAUUUUGAUAAAUAUCUUGUUGGAAAGUUAUCAGAACAUGUAUCCGAUGUAAUCAUUACCAAAAACCAUUUGGUUUGUACAUAUAAUGAUAAUCUAGUGACACUGGUGCAUUUUGCAAAAUCUAAAACACAUAUCUUUGAUAAGAUGAAUAAGUUAGAACCAAAGCUAAUCACAACAGAUUUAUUUGUAUCUAAUGGACGCAGAUUGGAUAAAAAGGUUCAAGUGAACAAAUCUGCUAAUUUGAUAUUAAUUUGGCGAAAAUCAACAAUGAACGAAGUUUAUCCUUGGAGUCCUGCCGUGAAACAAUACAAUCGUGCAAACAUGCAUCUCUUCCGACUUACAGGCACAAAGUUAGAAUUAUUAUGUUACAUACGUACUGAAUUUGAUCCCUUAUGUAUUAUGUUUGAUGCAUGUGAUGACGAUAUUAUUCAUUCUGUAGAACAAAAGGUUUCAAGAAAGGGAGAAGUUACUGUAGAAUGGCGUACAUAUGAAGUUUCUCGGCAAAAUAAAUUAAAAAGGAUUGCUGUGAUUUCUGUACCAUUGCCAACCCAUACGAGUUGCGUGAGAUUUUCACCUAAUCAGGAAUUAUUACUUCUAUGCUGUAUUGAUGGCACUGUUAUGAUGUAUGAUCAGACUAAAUCAACAACCACCAGUGUAAAAGCCGCUUUCAUACCUACUUUAGUCGCUUGGCAUAGCGAUGGUAUAAUAUUCGUGGUGGGUAAUGAUAGAGGCCAGUUCCAACAUUUUGAUAUCACUUUAACAUGUAUCAAAAGCCAUACAUUAAACGAUGAGGCAACACCAGCGAAUAUACUUGAUCUAUCACCAUAUUUUAGGAAUCAACAUGCCUUGUUGCAUAUGGAAUGGAAUAAGAAAAGUGAUUCAAAUCAAAUUCGUUAUUAUAACAGCGGUAAUUCUUUAUUCUUGCUACUUUUUGAACGAGGACCAGUCGGCGUUAUUAAGAUGAUCGAAAGCGAUACUCUCUCCGGAGAUGAAUUAGUCAGAAGGUAUUUGUCAGAAUCUCAGAUAGAACAAGCGACUGCCGUGCUGUUGUUGAUGAAUUGGGAUACACAUCCACAUUCGUGCAUGCAUUCGCUUAAUCAAAUCUUAAAUUAUUUAUUCAAGUUACCCUUAACAACGGAUCGUGAAGGUCUGAUACAGAAUGCACUCGGCAGCUUCCACGUACCUGUUAGACCAAUAAGUCAAGCUGUCGAAGAAGAAUACGGGGAUGAAAUAAGAGAUUUAACGAGGCGAUUCUUCCAUCAUUUAUUAAGAUAUAGGAUGUUCGAAAAAGCUUUCAGACUGGCUAUCGAUCUAAAUGAUCACGAUCUUUUUAUGGAUAUACAUUUCUAUGCAAUAGUUUUGAACGAUAUGGAACUGGCAGCUGCAGCUAAAGAGAAAGCUGAGAGUAUUCUAAGUAGAUCAAACAGUUGCACUGACUCGCAUUCCACGUGCUCGAGAACGUCGUGCUCUAUAUGUUCCGAUUCAAGCAAUGAAAAGGAGGAGGAAGAGAAUGAAGAAGAAGAAGAGGAAGAUGAGGAAGAGGAGAGGGAGGAAGAAGAAAUAGAAGAAAUAUGUAGCGAAGAGAGCGAAGAUUCUCAGAGAGAAGAACGAUCGAAUCUGAGACGAUCGCAAAAACGUCAUUACAAAAAAUCCUCCAGCUCCAGUCAAAUUCCACCCUUACCAGUUGUCCAUCCUCAUCAUAUUGUAAAGAACACACUUUACGCAUCUUAUAAUAAUAUUCCAUCCACUACUAAAACUGACUACACUUUAAUAUCUUCGUCCUUCGAUGCUUCCGAUAUGUUAACUUCGUUUAAUCGUUCCUCGCACAUUUCGAAUUCAUUUCUAGCAUCAACCUCCUGUAACAAAUCAUUGUACAAUACACAUUCAAAUUUUACGUCGACUAGCAUAGGAAAUAGUAAUAAUCCUCAAGCGUUCAAUAAUGCAUCGGACGACUUGAUGACUACAUCUUUCGGUAGCAUUUCUCUUAUUGAAUCAGAGAUAGGUGGUGAUCAGUCCGGUAAUAAUUUCGACGAGAGGCCAUAUGACGAGUCGUCACUUAACGAAAUACCAUAUUCUUUUAAUAAUUCUGCCAGCAACGUAACAACAACUUGCGCGCAAGAUAAUAGUCUCAUCUCUACUCCUUUCAACAAACCUAUAUAUGAAUGUGAUGACAUUCGAUCUAAUUAUUUGACGAAUCCCUUGGAUAUCGUUGACAAUAAUAUUAUGUCGACAUCGUUCGGUACCCAAAUCACUAGCACUCCUAUCACGCAUAAUAAUUCUAUCAAUAUACUAACGGCAAAUGAUAAUUGUGAAAUUCCUGUGUUACAAAGCGUGAAAUCUACAAAAAUAUCUGAUAAAUUAUCAACUAGAACUCCCGUCGGUACUCGUACAAUGGAUGAAUCUUCUCAUACAAAUAAUACUUGUAACGAUCUAAUGUCUACUUCGUUUAACUGUCCUGAAGGAUAUGUAAUUUUUGAAAAUAGCGACAUUGCAUUUUCUAACACAUUUGAUAAUGCUAACGCUCAAGCCAUUAAAUUACAACAUUCCGUAACGAUAGAAAAAGAAACUGAUGUCGCUAUAUCACCAUCACCACCACCACCACCCUCUCUGAUAAAUUCUCUCACUAAUUACCUUCAUGGCUUACCUAGGAAAAAUUAUCUUUUAUCCAAAAACACUCAAGGUUUAUCGAACUUUAAUGAAUUCGAAAAAGUUUCAUCAAAUAAGAUACAUGUACCGUCACGCGUUUUACAAACACACAAUUCCAUGACAUCCAAUAUUUCCGAAAACAAAAAAACAUCUUUAUCUCUCAAAACAAACAGAUACAAUUAUGAUUUGGAUUACAUACCAUUUCAAGGCACGACGCACAUUCGCGAUGAUACAGAUUCGCAACUUUCACAGACAGCGAGCAAAAAGUUUCCUUCACAAAACUUUCAUCCUAGCUGCUAUGGCACACAACAUGGAUUAUUCGAGAGUAGAUAUUCAUCGAGAUCUUCCCAAAGCAAUGCAAAUAUGGUGAAUGUAAAUAAGGAAACUAAGAUAUUUUCCUCUAAUAUACCGCCUCUACCUGUUAUUAAUACGUCUAGCGUUAAUCCGAAAGUCUACUCCGUGUGUCCGUCGUUGGCCGAUGCACCAAAUUUUAACGAAAAGCCAAAGGUGAAGUUUUCAGAUACUGUCACUCACAUAUUAGUACCUGGUACAACUCAAGUAUACAGACAAAAACGACCUACCGCACAGACACAUAUAACAGAUCCUAAACGUGAAUUAGCUGAAAGUCUUCCACUCUGCCUCGGUAAUGAAGAUUAUCUUAAAGAUUUUCAACCAUUAUGUAAAAAUGACGUGGACGAAAAAAUAAAAGAAUCUUCAAAGACUGACGACAGUACAAAGAUUAAAGUUGUGCAUUUUGGUUAUUGUAAAACAGUAUUGUUAAGAAAAGUAAUACGAACUGUAUUUAUAUAUGCAUUAUGUAAUACAUGUAUGCACUGUAUGUGAAGGUGUGCGAAGUAACGAGAAGAUAAGAGGAGUGAUAAACAAUACAGAAAGCCGAUUAUAUUUGUAAUAAAGGAUAAAAUUUAAUCUAA